AUGGAUGAGAUUGCCAAAGUGGAGGAUAAUGAGAAGGUUGAUGAUCCAGUAGGCGGCCUGUCUGGGGCCGGCAACCCGGCCCUUUGGAAGAGAGCAGAUUGUCUGCAAGACCAUGCAGCAGUGCCCGCGUCCCGGCCUCUGCAGGACAGACUCGAGCAUCCCCGCCUGGUUGGUUUUCAGAGGCCCGGCGCCCCGCUGCGCCCUGGAGAGGCUCCAGCAUCUCUCGCCCUGGAGGCCCCAGGCGGCCGCUGCUCCCGGGCCAGGAGCCACAACCGUUUUGAGGGCUUGAUCCGCAGCUCUGGGUGGAAAAGCCGGCUGCAAAUGCCGGGACUGCGGCUUCUGGGCGCCGGCGGCCGGGGAACAAGGACGCGAGCACCCACGCGGCUGCCCCGCGAGCCAGCACUGGGCCGCAGCUCGGGGAGCCCAAUCUGGCCUCGGCCAAAUGGGGAUCCGCAGACAGGGUUAGGGGAGCAGAGCGGAACCAACCCGGCUCCAGCCCCGCGGAACUUCUCAGUCGCCAGGGCCCAGGGAGAGAGCCGGGGAAGGAGAAUCAGCAGCUCGAGAGCGGCGCGCACUCUCCGCCACCCCCUGGCUUCCCACUGUCUCUCGGCUUUGCAGGCGCCAGGGUCGGGGUACGGGGUUUCUUUGGGCCAGGGUCGGAAGGACCCGCCGGGCCUUGGUCCUGAGCGACCCGUCAUCUGCAAACGCCGCUCUCGCUGCAUCCUUGACGCGGCGCCCUGGCUCUAUUAGCAGGCACAAACCAGCUCUCUUCCUGCCCCUAGGCCCUGCUAUUUCAAGAAUUCUAGUGAAAAAUGUGCACCGGCGUGGUACGGGUUGGAGCAGCCAGGGGUACUUGUAAAGCAAGAAGGCACGAGCGGCCCGCAUGCAGACAUAUUUGUUCCCUCCCCUAGGGUCUCCCCAGCUUCAUUUAUGGCAGGGGUGGGGUAGAGGUUUGUGUCUCCUAGGUUUACUCUGAAAUCAAUUCUCAUGAGAGUGAAGGUCCAUAUGGUUAUAUGUGUCCAGAAUGGGCACCCGCACUGGCCAAGCGGACACUGAGUUCCCCAAGACGCGGAGUCUCUUGGCGCUGGGGUUUUUUCUUACUUUCUGGAUGGAACGGGUCUCCGAAUUCCCCCAAGAACAUCUCAAGAUUGUGUUUCCAGGGGAGAGGCGUUCUUGGGACUGAAGAGGCGAGUGGAGCGAGAUCUGGUACCUCAGGCAGUAGAUCCCUCCUCCCCCGUUUG